GCGCCGUCUGGUGGCGAAUUUAACAUAAGAUGUGGUGAAAUAAGUUCAUCGACCGUUUAUUACUGUGUUUACAAGCUUACUCCAAAUAAAACAACAAUUAUGACUUCGAAAAACACUUUUCGUUCGUCUAGAGUUUCUUGUUGUGUUGUUGGAUGCAGUAAUUCGUACAUAAAUACGGACUCUUCUGUAAAAUUCUACAGCUUUCCCAACAGACCAUAUGAGUUGCAAAGAAGAGAAAAUUGGAUAAAGGAAGUGAAAAGAGUAACUGAAAAUGGAAAACCAUGGACUCCUAAAAAAACAGAUCGAAUAUGUAGUUCGCAUUUUGUCGGAAAUGCAAAAUCAAAUAUUGCCACCAAUCCAUCAUAUAAUCCCUCUAUUUUUCCGAAGACGUACAAACAAACACGAAAUCUGGGUGCAGAUGCAAGCAAACGAUUUGAACGUUAUGGAACUUUCAAGAAACGGAAAUUAAAUGUUUCGUCUGACUUACCUUCAAGUUCAACUGAAUUUCAAGAAGCUGAAGUCGUGUCUCAAGGGACUGACGAUAACCCAAAGGACGUGAGUUGUCAAGUCAACUUUCAAGAGCCAACUGAUACGAGUUUCGUUUUUGUUUGUGAAAUUGAAAAUAACUGUGUGGGAGUACAGGCUAACAUUGUUCCAUUAAGUCAAAUUGUGAAUACUGCUGAUAAAUGCGUUGGAAACGAUGACAUGAGUUAGACAAACAGGAUCAAAUUUUUUUCUCUUCGAGUCUUUGUGAACAAACAUUUCACUCAUUCUUUUCUCCUUGGAGUAUUUUCCCUGAGCAGCUUUUAAAGUGGAUGGUUUAAUCCAUUGACACUCCUUGCUUGUUUUGGAUUUUCCUUCUUCUACAAAAGAAAAAUUACAAAAAAACGGCCGUUCUGGAGACGAAACUAUGUAAAAUAAUAGCAAAACAGAUGUGUACUUACACUCUUCUCACUUUCUUUAUCCAAUUUUCUCUUCUUUGCAACUCAUGUGGUCUGUUGGGAAAGCUGUAGAAUUUUAUAGAAGAGUCCGUAUUUAUGUACGAAGUAAUCCAACAACACAACAAGAAACUUUGGACGAACGAAAGGUGUUUUUUGAAGUCAUAAUUGUUGUUUUAUUUGGAGUAAGCUUGUAAAUAUUAAUACAGUAAUAAACGGUCGACGAACUUGUUUCACCACAUCUUAUGUUAAAUUCGCCACCAGACGGCGCCACAUCCGAAUAUGCUACUCGCCUAUAAACCCCCAACAUUUGUAAAUGGAGAAGCUCGGUCAUGCGCAGAUGCAAUUUUCUGAAUUGAGCAAUUUUUUUAGAGCAUUUUUAUUCUUUAUGCUCAGAAGAUUUAAAACUUGCUGCUUUUCAGUUCUCACUAAGCGACGCUUCUGGAACCGCUUGGUUUGUGACGCGUCGUUUUGCUGCUGUGUCGUGUCACUUAGUGGGAAAGGCUGCAAUGGAGGCAUCCCGGCUUCAUUUUUAUUUCUGAUCUACAAUAUUGCCAAUUCGUUGUCAUCUGAAUGGUUCUAGGAGCUGAUUGGUCGGACCACAAGGAAGCAGUACAAUAGGUGAUUCAUCUUUGGUGCAAUAAAACCCUUCUGUUAAAAGCAAGUAGGAAAAUGAUACGACCUUGGAUCAUAUGUCGCACAUAGAUUCUAAACUGAAGAGUCUUGUGUUAAUAGAGUCUGAGCCCUUAAACGGGUAACAUGGACCCUGGUUUCGGGAGUUCCCAAACUAUAGUUGAGUUCUGGAACAGUCCACGCAUAGGGUGUCGUAACUCAAAGUGAUUACAGUUUUAUACCACCCCAAUGACCGUCUCUUCACGGUGAAAUGUUAGUUUACAAAAAAUAAGUCAGUCCACAAAUACACAUCAAACUUUAAACAAUUCAAUAGUUUCCACAUUUUCAAAAAUGAUAAAAAAUAUAAAUCUAAGUUGGGACCAUAUAUCGCAACAAAUAAAAAUGUAGCAAACUACGCACAAAAAUGAAUGCGAUUUCAAACAAUAAAUGUUAACGGUAUCAAAUACGUGAUUAUGCAUUGAGGUUAAACCAAAUCAAUUUCAAAAACAGAUGAAAAAUUAUAAAAUGUUGCAUACAAAACACAAAUCAAUUAUAAAUAAAUGCAAAGAUUACUAUACCUACAUUAAGCAACACAAAAAUAACAAUAAACUUAAACUGCACGACGCUUUCAUGAUGAAAGUUGAUGCCAAGAUUCAGUUACAUAGCAAGCCUUGGUGUUUUCGAGAUGGCACAGACUAAUUCUCCCUUCUAAAAAUUGCGUGGUUGCCAGCUCUCACAAAUGUGUGCAUCAUAGUAGGUUAUAUAUACAGGGUGGAACCUCUCCACUCUUUAGAACAAGCAUUAAUAAAAAUUAAUUUUUUAUUCAAUGACAUGUCAGAAACUGAAAUUAAAAUAAAUUAUUAGACUGAAGGUAGAGACAAAAAGAAGCCAUCUGUGUUUUCUCCCAUCUACCAUAUUAAUAUUAUAAAGCCAGAUUGAAACAAUAGAUAAUGCAAUUCAUUUAUUUAUCCCUUUCACCAAUAAAUGCAAAUAUAUAGCGCACUUUAAAAACUAUUUAUAUAAAUAACAAUAAAUAGUUUGGUAUGGUUUAACGUUUUGAUAAUCACAAUGUACGUAACAGCAAAUCUAAACAAUUACAUACGUUAACAGUAUUUUUUUAUAAAAAUUAUAAAGUAAAGCAAUAACCUUUCAUAUAAAAUUGAUUGCCUUGUAGGUAUGCAACAUUUAAAAAUUUGUAUAUUUCUUUUUUAAGGCACUCUAAAAGGCAAUGCUAAAUACCACACAAGGUAUUACUGCAAGUACAUUUCAAAUGGAAUGUUUCAAGUAGGUAAUUUUGUUGCUGUAAAAGUAUUGCACAUUAGUAGAUGUUAUAAAAUUGAACA